CCCUAUUUCUAAAGCAAGUGGGGAUUUGGCAGGGGCUGGUUCCUGGGCAGUUUUCACUAGAUCUCCUUCAAAAAGAAUAAGCCCCCCUUGCUGUCCUGCACUCUGUAGGGGGAGGAAAAAGGGUCCAGGAAAGUGUGGUACUGGGGUCUUCUGAAAAUGGGCCACAGCAUGCACAACUGAGGAGUAGGCUGGAGGAACCAGAAUUAUUGGAGGGAAGAUGCAGAAACCAAGUCCUUGAUCUUGAGACAGAGGCAAGAGUUGCAUACUUUUCCUUCACUCAUUCAGGAAAACCAAAGAUGGGACACAUUCAAAAAAGGCUCACCUAGAUCUGUGGCAUGAGACAGUUCUGGGGGUGAUUCAUGUAUUGGGUUCCUCUCCCCAUCCCUGGGCAAAGAGAAGGAAAUCAGAUUCUCUAAGACCCUGAGAGAAGGUCUAGAAGGCUGCCUGGGGCUAAAGCUAGCAUGACUGAGACCUGGGCACUUUCACUGCAUGUCCUGGGGUCUCCAUGCCAGCAAAUACAGACCACUUCCAGUGGACACCCUGAGCUGCAGGGAGGGAAAAGGAAUCCUGUUGGUGGGGAGAAGAAGACCCUAGUCUACCACUGCCUGGUGCUCCUGGACCUUGUGUCCCCUGACUGCAUGAAAAUAAAAGCAUGUGGGUGGGUUGACGGGAUGAUAGCCUUAAGCUCCAGGCAUCUCUUUUUAGUUUCUCCUGCCCUCUGCCCCUAUAAACACACCCUCUCCUAAGCUCUGGUGAUGGAGCACUUCACUCCAGAAUUUAAAAUUUGAAGAGCUAGGUUUGGAAAUGCAUAUCUGAGCAAUGGCUGCUCAGGACCUGGUCAAAUGUCCAGGCCAUCUGUGAUCCUUAUGUCAUACUCCUGCCCCCUCCACCCACAACCAGCCCAAAUUUCCCUGGAAUGGAGGAGAGGAAAAUUCCCAGGAAAAAGAAGAAGGUUGACAAAUCCUAAAUCCUCAUUCUAGACCUGUCUCUGUAGUCCAUACCUCUUGGAGGACCCUGGGUGACUAGGAAAGGACUCUGAACCUGUCUGUCAAGAAAGACGGUGGCUCCCAGUGCUCUUGGGGGUGAGGGAAGAAUUUGAAGGAAAAUUAGGUAGACUUCACUUGGAACACAGGCUUUGCUGGAAAAGUGGGCUUCGGGACAUAUGGCAGGUGGGAGUGGGAUUGAUGCAGUGAAUGGGAAGUAGGAGGCUGUGGGGAAAGAUCUGGGGGAGGAUAAAGGAAGGUGCCGAGCGCUUCACUUGGUCUGAUUUCACAUCUUAUGAAGCAAAGAAAACGACAGGGACACAAGCUUAACUCUUGGUGAGGCCUGUACUUCCCUCACCUUGGCUGUAGGUGUUGAUCUCACCUCCCCUAGCCCUCCCCACCCCAGCCCCAUUUUCAGGCUGUCUCCUUUGGGGAAGGAACCCAUGGGAAAUGGGGUGACACCAGAACAGCAACGAGCAGGGUUAGGCCUCCAGGAUUUCCAGUGGGAAUGUCCUACUGUGGGAAAGUGCGACCCUCGUGCACUGGAGAAUUUUCACUUACUUGCCGCAGCUUGAGUUUGUCUGUCGUUGCCCCUCCAGGACCCCCGACGCCGCCGGGGCCCCCAGCGGUCUGCAGGAGCGCGCCGCGCUCUCCCUGACGCGUGUCGCCGUCGCCAUGGCGCAGGAGAACGCGGCCUUCUCGCCCGGACCGGAGGAGCCGCCCCGGCGGCGCGGGCGCCAGCGCUACGUGGAGAAGGACGGCAGGUGCAACGUGCAGCAGGGCAACGUGCGCGAGACGUACCGCUACCUGACCGACCUGUUCACCACGCUGGUGGACCUGCAGUGGCGCCUCAGCCUGCUCUUCUUCGUGCUCGCCUACGCGCUCACCUGGCUCUUCUUCGGCGCCAUCUGGUGGCUGAUCGCCUACGGCCGCGGGGACCUGGAGCACCUGGAGGACACUGCGUGGACGCCGUGCGUCAACAACCUCAACGGCUUCGUGGCCGCCUUCCUCUUCUCCAUCGAGACGGAGACCACCAUCGGCUACGGGCACCGAGUCAUCACCGACCAGUGCCCCGAGGGCAUCGUGCUCCUGCUGCUGCAGGCCAUCCUGGGCUCCAUGGUGAACGCCUUCAUGGUGGGCUGCAUGUUCGUCAAGAUCUCGCAGCCCAACAAGCGUGCCGCCACGCUCGUCUUCUCCUCGCACGCCGUGGUGUCCUUGCGCGAUGGGCGCCUGUGCCUCAUGUUCCGCGUGGGCGACCUGCGCUCCUCGCACAUCGUCGAGGCCUCCAUCCGUGCCAAGCUCAUCCGCUCGCGCCAGACCCUGGAGGGCGAGUUCAUCCCCCUGCACCAGACCGACCUCAGCGUGGGCUUCGACACGGGCGACGAUCGUCUCUUCCUCGUCUCGCCGCUGGUCAUCAGCCACGAAAUCGACGCCGCCAGCCCCUUCUGGGAGGCAUCACGCCGCGCCCUGGAGCGGGACGACUUCGAGAUCGUGGUCAUCCUCGAGGGCAUGGUGGAAGCCACGGGGAUGACAUGCCAAGCUCGGAGCUCCUAUCUGGUGGACGAGGUGCUAUGGGGCCACCGCUUUACAUCAGUACUGACCCUGGAGGAUGGCUUCUACGAGGUGGACUAUGCCAGCUUCCACGAGACCUUUGAGGUGCCCACACCUUCGUGCAGUGCCCGGGAACUGGCAGAGGCUGCAGCCCGCCUUGAUGCCCAUCUCUACUGGUCCAUCCCCAGCCGGCUGGAUGAGAAGGUGGAGGAGGAGGGUGCUGGGGAGGGCGCCGGUGGGGGAGCUGGGGAUGACAAGGAGCAGAAUGGCUGCCUGCCACCCCCGGAGAAUGAGUCCAAGGUGUGACCAGUUCCCUCCAGACCCCUGUGGCAGACAGGGGGCCAGACACAGGUACCUGGGGAGCUGCACCCUGGAGGUGGAAGAGGAGGAAGCAGGCAAAGUCCCGGGGAAUGGAGAGGCCGCCUGAGAACCUUGAGUCUAGGAUCCAAUAGGAAGGGAGAGGCCCUGGCUUGAGGAGAGUGGAGGGCAGGGAAAGGUGCACACACCUGUCUGUGUUUGACCUUCACAUCUGCUCAUGGGUGGAUGGACAGUCAGAAGGACGAACUGGUGGGGGCUGGACAGGCAGGUGGUGGCUGAUGGACAAGUACAUGGGCUGUGGAUACCUGCAGCACACCUUUGUGCAGGUUCUAGAAAGGUGGGUACCCUUUUCUUCCAAGCAGACACAGCCCCAGGCCAGAUGCAUGGCUUGGAGAACAGUCCCCAUUCACCUCCUCAGCCAGCCUCCCCGUGUGCGGCCCACCUGUCUAAGUGGGCACAGUGGCCCAAGCUGAACGAGAGGAGACUGGGUGGAGGUGGGCACAAAUGAGCACGGUGCCCCCCCACCUCCACCCUCCCUCGGUGACAGGCUCACCCGGAGAAAGGGUUGCACGGGAGCUUGGGAAAGUGUCAGUGACCUGAACCCUUGGAGUGCAGGGCAACAGGCGGCAGGAGCAGAUGCCAGCGCUGGGGCCCUGGAGCAAGGGAUGGCUAGUUUGUGGAGGGAGAUCUUGCAGAUAACACUGCAGAAGAGGACGGGAGAGAGGUUCUGAAGUGGAAGAAGGGUCAGGGGCAAGAUCUAGAAAGUAGGUUCGUGGGGGCAGAUGGGAAACCCUUGGGAAAGCAGCAUUUGUCCUUGGGGCACCAUGGGGAGGGUCAUUCAGAUGACUUCUUGGAUGUCAGGGAGAGAGGGCAUUCACCAACGUGGGUUCCUAGUGCUGGAACCCAGAGCACAUGGGAAGAUCGGGAAUAUACCUGUGGCCAUUGGAUGAGGUCCAGUUCACAUGGAGAACCUGUGCAAUCUCUUGGAGCAGGGGAUGGGAGUGUUUUGGUAGUUAGAAAGCCAGAGGUUGAGUAAGACAGGGGAAAUGAUGAAAGCCUGCAGUUGUAAAACUGCUGUGUACGGGAUCACCUGGAGAGCUUGUUAAAACACAGAUCGCUGGGCCCCGCUCCCAGGGUUCUGACUCAGUAGGUCAGGUGGAAACCAGAAAUUGGCAUGUCUGACAAGUUCCCAAGUCAUACUGACGCUACUCGACUACGUUGCAAUGCAGCAUAUAAGCUGAAGACCCUCUGGGAGCAGAGAAAUAUAAAGGGUAGAGCAACGUGUGUGGAAGGGGACCUGAGUGCAGGCUGAAGAGUUGAACUAAAGCAGGAAGAGCUUGCAGGACUAAAAGCCAGGAGGGACUGAAAGAAAAGCCAAGUCCAGACCUGUGCGUGUCUGUGCCCUGCUGUCUGCACCACUGCACCAGAGAUGCCUGGAGAUGCACAGUGAUCCCAAGAUGGCAGAGAAGGGGCGGUGGGCCGGUUGAGAGGACCUGAGGUGGCCUUCUGGGGAAAGUGCAGCCCAGGUGAGCAUGUCCCCUGAUGGCCCAGCCAGGACCUCUGUCCCUCCAGCCCUGGCAGCCCCCAUUCCCGUCCUUGCCUAAGAGCCUGAGCUGCAUGAGGGGGGCAGGCACCCAAGUCUGUCCUGUUCCAGGCUGGGAGGCAGGGAUUCUAUGGGGCACUGUGUAUCUCCCAGAAGAAAUGGAGUCAUCCCAGUUUGCAUUCACGAGAAGGACCCAGCCCCGUCCCUUCCCUUAAGUCCAGGCAUGGAUAUCUUUCCGCCUGAGGUCCUGGGGCUACCUGGGUCACAGCCAAUCAAAGCCAGGGUCCUUGAAUGCCAGGAUGGGCUGCUCCUCCAAACACAGACAUGGGGUGAGGCAUGGGGAGUGAUCCAGGGUUCUUUCAGUGAACAGAUGGAGUCUGGACAGGAGGGGGCAGCUGCUUGGUUCCCAGGCACACUCAUUCAGCACUAAAGCCGCUGCAGUCGGACAGAUGGAGAAACUGAGGCUACAGCAGGCCCCUCCUGCCCAGAAGUCGCUGAGACGCUGCCACACCUGUCCUUGCCACCAUCACUGCUCAGGGCACCACUGUACAGUGCAGAGUCAGAUGGGGGCUCUAGUGCCAACACUGACUGCCGCUGAUCAGCUGUAUGGCUCUGAGCCAGCUGCAUAGGUCUCUGGGCCUCAGUUUCCACAUCUGUAAAAAUGACUUAGCAAAACUAGUAAAACUCAAUAAAUGUUAAAUCACUGAAUUGAAGGAGGUAGACUGGCUGCUUCUUAAGGUGCAGAACUGAGAAUGUUAGGAGCAGAGAAUCCAUAGGUGAAGCCACAUGGGGUGCAGGGUGGACGAUGUAUGCAGGUGCAACAUUCUGUGGGUGCAGCAGACACAGGCUCUCCCCCACUGUUAUUCUCCCUGAUAUCCAGGAGGCUGAGUUCUGAGGCUCCUAUUCUGUUGCUGUCAGACAGAAUAAUCAAGGUCAGGAGGAAAAAGACUGAGGCCCCAGGGCCUGAUGGGAGGAGUCAGGCUCCAGAAUGAGACCCAACCAGAAGGAGACAGACAGAGGGGUGUGGCCGAGGCUGGGAGCUCACAAAGGACACUGGCCCUGGAAGUCCCUGCCCUGUAACUUGGGAAAGGGUUGCAAAGCCAGGACCAAGCUGAGCUGUAGCUCAUUCUCCCUUCCUAUGCGCCCCUCCUUGAACAGGAGCCCCAUUAGGAGUUGCCUCAGCAGCCACAACUUAGGUGGCAGAUGGGACCCAGGAGCCCCCUCCUGGGGUGGGAGGCAAGGCCUACAAAGGCCAGAUGGUGUUUAUGAUGGGAAGAGGCCUGGGUUGUUCAGAAUAGGUUGUCAACCCCCAA